GUGAAAAGGGCUCUUAAUUCCAAAAAAAAAGUAUUGAUAAAAAAAAUCUGCUCUACUCCAAUAGAGAGUGUCAAAAACAGCAGCAAAUCAACUACGUGAUAGGGCUGCAGAAGAGCAAGAGUGCUGUAAUGUAAGCAUUGGUCAUGAAGUCCCAGGAACAACAAAUAACCCUAUAGACUACCUUCAAAAGCUCGCAAAAUUGGCUCAAGAAUCAGGCAACAGAUUUGGAGAAGCACAGGCAUAUAGCAACCUUGGCAUGGCUUAUUACCGUCUCGGGCAUUUUGAAAAAGCCAUUCCCUGCUUUCAGCGUCAUGUAAUUAUUGCUAAUAGAUUGGGAGACAGGAUUCGAGAAGGUAAUGCCUGUGGGAAUCUUGGCAGUGCCCUUUACAAACUUGGGGAUUUUAAAACAGCCAUAAAAUACAAUGAGCUCCAUCUUGAAAUUUCCAAAGAACUGGGGGACAGAGCCAGAGAAGGACACGCGUGUGGUGAUAUUGGGGUCGCUUAUUGCGGUCUCAAAGAUUUUGAAACGGCCGUAGUUUAUCUUGAACUCCAACUGACAAUUGCCAAGGAAGUGGGAAAUAGAGCUGAAGAAGAACGUGCGUGCCGCAAUCUUGGCCAAAGUUACAACAUUCUCGGAGAUUUUAGAAAGGCCAUAAACUUCAACGAACUCGGCUUAAAAAUUGCGAAAGAACUGGGAGACAGGAUAGGAGAAGAAAACAUCUAUGGCAAUCUUGGCAUCGUUUACAGCAAUCUCGGAGAUUUCACAAAAGCCAAGGACGCAUGCGAACAGCAUCUGAAAAUUGCAAAAGAAGUAGGGGACAGAAUAGGAGAGGGGAACGCCUAUGGUAAUCUGGGACAUGUUUAUAGCAGUCUCGGAGAUUGCAGAAAAGCCAAAGACGUUUUCGAGAAGCAACUGAAAAUUGCAAAAGAAGAAGGCGACAAGACAGGAGAAGGAAACGCCUAUAGCAGUCUUGGCAACAUUUAUUUCACUCAAGGAUAUUUUAUAAAGGCCGUAGACUACUAUGAACGCCACCUUCAAAUUUCAAAAGAAUUGGAAGACAAACUUGGAGAGGGAAAUUGCUAUGGAAAUCUUGGCCUGGUUUAUCAUGAUAUGGGAGAUUUUAAAACAGCAAUAGACUAUUUGAAACUCCAUCUUAACAUUUCCAGAGAACUACGAAACUUGAGUGGAGAAGGAAGAGCAUAUGGUAACCUUGGCAACUCGUAUCACAUGCUCUCGGAUUUCGAAAACGCCAUAGAUUCCCUUGAACUGAGUCUAAAAAUUGCCAAACAAAUAGGAGCAAAGCCUGGAGAAGCAAGUUCUUAUGGCAAUCUUGGCGUCGUUUAUCACAAACUCGGGGAUUUCGAAAAAGCCAUAGAGUAUUAUGAACUCCAACUCAAAAUUGCCAAAGAUGUAGGAGACAGGACUUCAGAAGCAAAUGGGUAUGGCAGUAUUGGCCAAGCUCACUGCUGUCUCGGAAAUUUCCAAAACGCCAUCUACUAUCACGAAUUAGGUCUUGAAAUUGCCAAAAAUGUUGAAGACAGACAGGGUGAGGCAGAAAUGCUUUAUGGCCUUGGAUCUGCCUUUGAAGCACAGGGCAUUUUAUCCCAGGCAGUUGAUUACUAUCAGUCAAGUGUGAAAAAAUUAAAUGAUAUUAGGGCUGAUCUUCAGCUAAAAGAUGACUGGAAAAUUAGUUUCCGUCAGUUUAGCGAAACUGUGUACGCAAGUUUAUGGUGUACAUUGUUAAAACAAGGCAAGGUUGUCGACAGCCUCGCCGCUGCUGAGCAAGGACGAGCACAAGCCUUGAAAGAUCUGAUGAAGGCAAAGUACAGUAUCCAGCCACCGUACGUUGAAUCAGAUACAAUGGAAGAAGAGAUCAGCUCCACGUCGAGAUGUAUGCCACCAAAUACAAUUUUCAUAGCACUUGGCAAACAAGAAAUCGUCUUCUGGGUGAGCCAGGAAGGAAACGAUGUCAAGUUGAGAAGGAAGGAGAUCGUUGAGAAAUCUUCGGUGGAUGAUGUGACGACAUUUUUGCAGUCCUUGGCACAAGAGACUCGGAAAGAAAUUGAUGUGCGGGCUGAUGUGAAGUGCGAAGAUCGCUCACUAGAGUUGAGAGACGAAACGCCCACAAAUGACACAUCAGAUGAACAAGCAGGAUCCCCAUCGUUGCAUCUUAACCAAACGUCCUUAAAGAAAUUUUACGAUCUGAUCAUUAGUCCUAUUGCGGACUUAAUUCGUGGUAACGAACUUACACUUGUUCCCGAAGGUCCACUGUGUUUGGUUCCGUACGCGGCAUUCAUGGAUACUAAUUCCAAGUACUUGAGUGAAUCUUUCAGAAUCCGAAUGAUUCCAUCCCUGCUUAGUUUGAAACUGAUCACAGAUUGUCCAGUUGAUUACCACUGCAAGACUGGGGCUCUGCUUGUCGGAGAUCCGUGGGUACAAGAAGUUAAAUAUCAGAGAAGAAAGCUUCGCCAGUUACCGUUCGCCAAAAAGGAAGUAGAGAUGAUCGGACGAAUACUCGACAUCGAGCCUCUCACUGGAACCGAGGCGACAAAGGAUGCAGUGUUACAACGAAUCUCCUCGGUGGCCUUAGUACACAUUGCAGCUCAUGGUCGCAUAGAGACCGGCGAAAUAGCCUUGGCACCAAGUCCUACACGGGCAACCGGGCGUCCAAAGGAGAAAGACUAUCUUUUGACAAUGGAAGAUGUUCUGAAUGCUAGGCUGCAAGCAAGACUGGUUGUACUGAGUUGCUGUCAUAGUGGCCGUGGAGAGAUUAAAGCUGAGGGUGUGGUUGGUAUCGCACGCGCGUUUUUGGGAGCCGGUGCUCGUUCUGUUCUGGUGUCAUUAUGGGCGAUUGAUGACGCAGCCACUCUGGAGUUCAUGAAGAGCUUCUACCAACACUUGGUCGAAGGGAAAAGUGCCAGUGAAGCUAUGAACCGAGCCAUGAAGUCUAUGAGAGAAUCUGAAGAGUUCAGUGGAGUGAAAUACUGGGCCCCGUUCGUACUUAUCGGUGAUGACGUCACAUUGGAAUUUGGAGCAACCAAUCGGUUAUCUUGA